UCAAUAAUUUUUUGCUCAAUGAUGCAACCAAUGUUGGAGAUGCUACUGCUGGUUUUUCUUGUUUUGGCAAGGUCAAACUACGGAGAAAUGACGGGUCAAAGGUCAAGGUCAUUUUUAGCGGACCCUUUCGAUUCACAUAUAAAUUUUUAUCCCAAUACAAUUUUUAAUGCUGGUUAUUAUUCUGCGUAUUGUUAGGCUUGGCAGGUCUUAAAUUAUUUUAAAAUAUUUAAAUAAUUUAACCUUUAAUUCACCUAUCCCAACAUGGCUACCGUGCGAGCACCUAUCAAAACCUUGAUGAAAAUAACAAACCGAAAAUCUGAGAAACGCGAUUUGACCUUGGACGUGCCCCGUGCCAGUGCACUGACCUUGGGUGCUGAAAAGAACUUGAUUUGGAUGCCGGCGGCGGCGACGACAGUGUGCCGGCGCACAUCUCUAUGGAGGUGGACACGGCGACCCGUGGGCGACCGCCGCUGCCGUGGUUUGCUACAGGUGGCCAUGGCCACUAAUCUGUCACGAACUUCUGACAGUGAACGCCAGUCGGUUCUCGGAUGUGAGGACGCGCCCGUCGAAUAAAGUGACGGAGAUGCACCGUGUGACAGUGUGCGACGUGCGUUUUCCGGGCGAGUUCGUUGCGCUGUGUGCCGGUCGUGCGCGGGACUGGUACCACCCGUCGUUCCACCAGUUCUCAGUGCUGCAGCGCGCCGUGCGCGAUCUCAGUGCCGCCGCCGAGGAGACUGUGCGCCGCGAGCUGCCGCCCGAGGACCGGCCGGCGCUGACCCGGCUGUCACCUCUAACUGACGGCGCGCUGUCGCUUCGUCCUCCGACCCUGCGCCGGCCGCGCCGGGAGGCCGAGCUGCUGACCCAGCUGCAGCAGCUGGCGGUGGCCCUGGACGGCGCCUGCCCCCUGGUGUUGGAUGGCAGCUGCGGGAGCCACGUGACGCCGUCUGCGCUUUUGGCGCCAGGAGAGCUUGACGCUGCUGCGAGCACUACAGGGCUACUAGCGGUCUCUGAAUGGAGCUGUGUUCCGGUGGGCGGCUGGCUGCGCUCUCUCGGUCUGGCCCAGUACGCCGACGCGUUCGUCGCCCGCUCUGUGGAUGGCGCCCGGCUUCUGGGGCUCACCGAACAGGCUAUGGAAGACGAGCCCGACAUCGGUCUCGACGUGGCGACCUCGAAGCCAGCGUGUUGGGUCUCGGCUUCCCGCCACUCACCGGCGGACCUUUCCGCUUCGUGGACCGCAUCGGUCCCGCACAGCUAGUCAAGGACAUGGAGCGCUUCGCCGUCGUCAGUGGCGUCGGCUUCGAGCCGUGCCUGACCGUGCACUACCAGGCCGCUAGCGGCACCAAGUUCUGUUCGGCCGGGCCUCGUGUAAUGCCCACAUGUGAUGACCGAGUGUAUACGCAUGUGAAGCCGCUCCGCGUGUGUGCCAGCGCUGGGCGUGUUCAGUUUCAAAGUAAAUAUAGAACCCUGGUGAUGAA